UACUCUUCACCAAUGUUUACUGGGCAAAACCAGUCAAGCAGUCCGUGUGAAGCGUAGGCCUAAAGAAGUAAUGUAGAUCUUAUUGACAGAAUUGUCGAACUCUCUUAUGGAUACGGUGUAAUACUACGGCAGCAACAUGCGACGUGUAGGAUAUUGGAUUAGUGAGAAAAAGAAGAAAAAGCUUGACUUUGAGGAGCACCGAGAGAGAUUUAGGAAUGCAGGAAUUGAUCUCAUACAGAUUGACUUGAAUCAAUCGUUAGAAACUCAAGGGCCAUUCGACCUUCUGGUACACAAGGUAACGGACCUUCUAGCUACCGCCAUCGAUGGACACCAACCUUCCCAGCGUGCCGUGCGAAACUUGGAGGUUUACAUCCAGAACCAUCCUGAGACUGUGGUCUUGGACCCACUGGACAGCAUCAGGCGAUUGCUGGACAGGUACACCCAGUACCAGAGGGUCUCAACAUCUGGCAUCAUGAAAGACCAGCGCUGCAUGAUUCCCACUUUUGUGGAGCUCAAUUCUACAGACAGAGAAGAAAAUAAAGGCAAAUUGGCCAGAGCUGGUGUUACAUUCCCAUUGGUAUGCAAGCCUAUACUGGCCCAUGGAUCUACCUAUGCUCAUCAGAUGUCUAUAAUCUUCAAUGAAGAGGGGCUGAAGGACAUUGACCCACCCUGUGUGGCCCAGUCUUUCAUUAACCAUAACGCCAUCCUGUAUAAGAUUCUUGUGGUUGGUUGCAAGCAGUUCAUCAUUCAGAGGCCUUCCCUAAAGAACCUGUACCCUGGAGCUCACCCAACAAUAUUCUUUGAUACACAGGAAGUAUCAAAAGCUGACUCAGAUCAUCCACUAAAUGCUGUGGACUAUGCUACACUGGAGAACCAGCCAACAAAACCUGAUUGGGUGUAUCUUGAUCGGCUUGGUCAGAGCAUGCGAGAAGCGAUGGAGCUGGAUCUCUUUGGUUUUGAUGUCAUCAUCGACAGCCAAACUAAUCAGUAUGGAAUUAUUGACAUUAAUUUCUUUCCAGGAUUUGAGGCUAUCGAUAAUUUCUUUGGUAUUCUUCUGGAGCACAUUGUUAAAGUUUUGGAUGCCAACGAUAAAGGUGAAUUGGUCAACGGGCGACUUAAGCCUCCACCCCAUGACCCUGCUAGUAUGAAUAUUCUUAACCAGCUGAACUUGGAGGUUCGUAGAUCUUCGGAAAACCAGGUCAACAACCUGUCAUGGCCAUCGAUGAUGUCACCUUCUCCUGUCAUCGACCUGAGCCCCAGGAGCUUGGAGAAAAGUCUUUCAGGGGAAAAAUCUUGCAAUGUGUACAUAGCAGGGAACAAUAAUGUGAUAGCAGGGGCAGCUGACAGUGGUGAGAGCUCAAAUAAAGCAUAGAGACUGACAUUCUAGCCUACUUGAAGCACUACUGAAGGAAAAAAGUUGUGGGUGCCAUUGUUAUAGGCUCUGACCUAGCAGCCUUCCAGUUUUUUUUU